UAUAUGCGUCUGAGCCCCCCCAAAUCCCCCUGCGCGUGACUCUUCAUCUUCCUCUCCUUCUUCCAUUGCCGUCGAGCUCGAGAUAUCAACAAAUCCGACGGGCAACAGGGGCACAUAAGUCUGAGGGGCAGCAGGGCCGCGCAGGUCCAGCGGCCAGUAGGGGCUUCUUCAUCUUCCUCGGAUUUUAUCGUUACUGUUGUGCUCGAGAGAUCAGCAGGUCCGGUGGUUAGCAAGGCGCGCACGACUCUUCAUCUUCCUCGGGCUUUGCUGUUGCCGUCGAGCUCAAAAGAUCAGCAGGUCCGGGCUUUGAGCACGCGAUGAUGACUCCUCACUGCAGUUCCAUCGUCACAGAGAAAAUCAAGAGAUCGGCAAUCCAGCGACAAUCUCCAAGCUCCUAUUUCAGGAUCAUGGACUCUCAAAAUUCAUCUUUGGGUACUAAGAGAAAGAUAUUUAUAGCACCAGGUUCUUUAGCUCGAGGACGUGGCAAAAUCACAAGGCAUUUAGGAUUGUCCGGACAAAAUCAUGUUUCUGGAUCAAUUGAACAUGAGCUUUCUUUGGUGAACACAUGUAACAAUGAUAUGCAAUAUGCGUCUGAACAAGUCGACCAUGUGGAAGACUCUCAAGCUCAAAUGGAAUCUAGCCAAGACAAAUCAUCUACUCAACAAAAUUUGAACAAGCGAGGUAAAAAUAAGUGUGGUAUUGUGUGUAAAUUAAAAAAUGGAGAGAAACUUCUUAUAAAUUUCUAUAUGGGUCGAGCUGUUGGGUUGAAUCAUCAAGCCUUUACAAGACAUUUGGGUAUAAUUGUAAGAGAUGGAAACAUAUGCCCAAUUCGAGUUCUUGCGUGGAAUAAAAUUCGUGAAGAUGCUAAAAAUCACAUGUGGGCUGCUGUUACGGAUAAGUUCAAAAAUGAUGAUAUUGAGCUAUAUCGUGAGACAACCCUUAAACAUAUGCAACAAUUAUGGAAGAAUUGGAGAUGCGAGAUGAACUCCAAAUUUGUAAAACCAUGCAAAACACGUCAAGAAGCUUUACAAAAUGUUCCCGAGGGAAUGGAUAAACAAGAUUGGGAAUGGUUGGUUAAAGAAUAUUUUUUAAGUGAAAGUUUUCAGAAAAUGAGUAAAACAAAUACACAGAAUAGAUCCUUGAAAUCUAUGCCACAUCGAACAGGAAGCAAGCCUUUUAGGCAAUUGGCAUAUGAAAUGGGAGGAAAAGAUGGACAACCUCCAGAUUUUGCAUCAAUGUUUUUUGAGACACGAAAAAAGGGAGACCAUAUUGUUGAUCUUGAUGCAAUGGAAAAAUAUGAUGAGAUUUGUGAGGUUGUUCGAGAAGAUUACUCCUUGUCAAAUAUUCAACUUGUUGAGAAAUGUUUUGGACCUCAACGACAUGAUCAUGUUUUUGGCCAUGGAGGAGGAGUGAGGCCUAAAGAUGUGAGAGGACCUAUUGCGUCAAAGCAAGAACUUCAUCACGAGAAUGUCACACUAUGUGAGAAAAUGAAUAAUAUGGAAUCUGAAUUUAAAGCUUUUAAGGAGUUGAUGCUGAAGAAUUUACCACCUAAUGUGCAAGUGACUGCAUCGGCUUCAAAUACUAUUGAAUGUUGAAUUAGUUACUUUAAUUUUUUUUAUUAUUUCUUGUUUAUUACUUGAUAAACAUAAUGAUUAGUUUUGUUCAUUUUGACUUGUAAAUGCUUCAUAGGCACACAAGCAAUUGGUGAAGAACAAUAGAAUGAAGGUUCAUAGGCACACAAGCAAUUGGUGAGGAACAAUAGAAUGAAGGCUCAUCUUAGUGAUUGACGGGUAUUGGAGCUUGGAAGGG